GCCCUGGCAGCGUUAAAUGGGGGGCGGGUAGUGCACGCGCCAGAGCCUGUGCAUGGGAGGCUCAGUGGCGUGGAGCACACGGGUCAUCCUCUUUUCGCCGGCAUUCCAUCUGGUUCCCAUUUCCAGGUGCACCUCUCCUUCCCUCCCCCUCCUCUCCUCCCUCCUCUCCUCCCUCACGGCUUGGAGAAGUCUGAAAGCCCACCCACACCAUGCUAUGCUGUACGCUUGGACCACAGGGUUCAGUGCCAUUCCGCGUCCCUUUCUGUGCUGCAGGUGGUGCGCUGUCAUAUCACUCCCUUGCCCUCCGCUGGCCCUCUCUCCCCAACAGUAGCGUCCAACCGAAUGCCUUCUCAUUCGGCAUUGUGGGCAUUGUGGACCACAACUGACGCCGUCUUUGUCUACCUUCUCACUCUCCCCUGCCACAACAUGCUUGCUUCCUCACAGGCGCCUCAAAAGUCUUUUGAGGCGCCUCAAAAGUCUUCCUCACAGGUGGUGCACUAUCAUAUCACUCCCUUGCUGUCGGCUGGGCCUCGCUUCCCAACGAUUGACCCCUCUCCCAUUGCUUGGACCACUUUUGAGGCGCCUCAAAAGUCUUUUGAGGCGCCUCAAAAGUCUUCCUCACAGGUGGUGCACUAUCAUAUCACUCCCUUGCUGUCGGCUGGGCCUCGCUUCCCAACGAUUGACCCCUCUCCCAUUGCUUGGACCACGAAUGACCCUCUCUCCACCUUCUCCCUCUCUCCCAUCUCCCGCCAUGCGUUUGUGCUGCGUGCAUGCACCACAACAGGUGGUGCGCUAUCACUCUCUUGCUGUCGGCUGGUCUUCCCUUCCCAACGACCUAAUACCGAUCGCCUGGACCACCAAUGA